UCAUUUGAACCAAACGACUCCUUUAGUAUGUACAAUUAAACUGGCUCAUAAAUAUUAGGUGCAAAAUGAAGUGUCCACUUUGACAUUUCAAAUUCGAAAAUUGAGCCUUUACCAAAGCCUAAAGGUAUCCCGCCAGAAGCUAAGUCUGCUUUCUUUUCUUGAAGUAGAAAAAUCGCCAUUGAAACCCUAAAAAACAGCAUAAUGGGAAAGCGUGGAGUGGUGGAUACUGACUAUGAAGAAUUCCGAAAAACGCUAAUCUUGGAAAACCAGGCUCGAUUGGCCAGUCAUGGAAUUCAAAAAACCAUCACAGAGCUCCGCAAAAUCAGGUCUAAACCACAAUCAGACAAGAAAAAACAUAACAACUUCGACGCCCCUUUACGGCGUUCCAAUCGAGGUAAAUCCGAGGAUGACAAGCUUAGUGUAAAGAAGAGCAGGACUGUGGAGACUACUAAGAAAGCGAAGGGGCCAAAGAGGCCUUUAAGUGCUUUCUUCGUUUUCAUGGAGGAGUUCAGGAUGGAGUACAAAGAGAAGCAUCCAGACAACAAAUCUGUGGGCGUUGUGGGUAAAGCUGGUGGAGAGAAAUGGAGGUCCUUGUCCGAUGAAGAGAAAGCUCCUUAUCAAGCAAAGGCAGAAGAAAUGAAGGCUGAAUACCAAAAGAACAAGCAGGAUUAUAACAAUAAACAUCAGGCUGGUGUAGUUGAAGAGGAGGAAUCUGACAAGUCAAGUUCUGAGGUUAACGAUAAUGAUGAAGAUGAGGAUUGAAGUAAUGUUUGUAGUGGAUGAUGUGAAGAAAAUGAAUGUAGGAUCUGAAGAAAUAGCUGUUUAUUUAGUAUUUUGUUUUCAUGGUUUAUUUGGGUGUUUAUUUAGAUGAGCUGCCUGUCUUAAGAGCUCUAGUUGUUGAUGUACUCUAUUUUGUUGGCGCUUAAGGAUAAUUUUACUAGGACUUGUGUGCCAGCUAAUUUGCACUAUUAUCCUUUAGUAUGAUGAUGAUGUAAAAUGAGCUUAAAUGAAGAGGUGGGAAUUCAUAUAGCCGACCCCAACUUGUU